AUGAAGUUUCUGAUUAUUUUUCUAGUUCCUGUUGUAUUUUCCGUCGGCAUUACUGACAUUCCAACGGAUAUUGGUUCGGAAAUUGGUUCUAUAGAAGACUACAAAGUACUAAACGAUUAUAGAAUUACCGAUAGAAACAGAGAUCCAGUAGAAUGUUUCGACAAGGCGGAGAGCGCUGCAAGAACAACACCGGAAAACUCAAUCAAACCAAUAACUGCUGAACAAGUCGAUAAGGCUGAAAUUGCUAUAAAGGAUUGUAUUGAAAAUAUUGCGAAGAACAACAAAAAAGUGGAUGAAGUGAAAGAUGCUUUGAAUGAAAAAAUAUUUGAAACAUACAAAUUUAUCAAAGUUCACGGAAAUCCAUGCUUUGAAAAAUUUUCGAAUCGAAAAAAAUACCAGUGGAAUAAUUUGGAGGAUAAAGCUUGUUAUGAAAGUAGCAGAAUGUCAUCAAAAGAUUGCGAAAAAGAGUGGGGAAAAGAUGGAUGUAUGAUUGAUUUGUGGAGAAAAGAAUGUGACGAAGAAGUUGUUAAAGGAAUGCGCAAACUUAUGCCAUUUAUGAAGAAAGGUCAUGAGAAAUGUGUCGAUUUGUAUUCUCAUAAAUUUGAUGUUUAA